UGUGUGUUCUGAGCCGCGCUGUUGCACAGAACGGCAGCGGACUUUGGUACUUGAGUCACAUUGAGAUAUUUAUUGAUAAUAAUAAUAAUAUGGAUUAUUGAUUAUUAAUAGUACAGUGAGAUGGGUUAUGGAGCGCUGGGGGAGCUGAGGGGCUGCAGGGCCGGUGGUGUGGCCGCGGCGCUGGCUGUAGUCUGUGCGGGGUGGGUGUAUUUUCUCCGGGGGAGUUUCUGCUCCGCGGUGCGGGACUUCAGGCAGCCUCUCCCGGGCUCCCUCCGCCUGCUCUCCGCCUACAUCCAGCAGCGGCUCCGCAGGAAACGGGGACACCUUAAAACCGAGAAAAGUCCCGGAGAAUUACUAUUAACUCUUAUUAACUGCAGGUAUGAGGUGGUCUCUCUGAGGCGGUACUGCAGCACUGUGGGAUACGGAUGGGAUUAUCCGUACAGCACCUUCAGAGACAUCCCUCUCCUUUACCCACAAUUCCUCUGCUCUCGGCUCAUUAGCAUGAUCACAUGCUCUGAUCGGUUCGGGUUGAGUCCGUACGGACUGGUGUGUGUGUCGGAGAGGGUGAAGCUGCUGCAGCCAGUGGAUGAGCUGAAGAGGGGCAAGUUCUCGCUGAGGGUGGGCGUGGCCGGGUACAGGUGUGUGAGUGGGGGGGUGGAGGUGGAUCUGGCCCUCAGUAUGAGGACGGUCCACCAACAAGAGGAGGAGGAAAACGGGUGGAGCAGCACCAUCACACUCCUUUCCCCCAACACCACCCACACACACACCCUGCAGCCGGACACACACACUGCUGACGACGGUGUGAGCAGUGUGAAGAGUGUGAGGAGUGUGAGGGUGUCAGUGCCGUGGUGGGCCGGUGAAGGGGGUGUUGGUCCGGGUCUCUCUGCGCUGUUACCGUCCUGCCUGCAGGGGUACGGCUGCACCCCUGCGCUGUGGGCCGUCUCCAGGUGUUUAGCAGAGACAGAGAAGAUCAGAGGAGCUGAUGCUGUAAGAGCUCCUCUCUCACUGACCGUGUGUUACGCUCAGCCUCUCCGCUUACCGAAAACCGUCACCGUUACCAUCAAAGAGAACACUGGCUCCUCCCACAGCUCCGCCCCCACACCAGGCUCUGCCCCCGGCGGUUCAGACUACAGUUUUAACCUGGAGGAUCACUCAACUCACACCCUGCUGCUGACGGGACAUAUACACAGACUGUAACCCAGCGCUGAGAGAGUGCUAACACUGCGCACUCCCAGAGUAAAAUCCAGAGUGACCGGUGCUCAAACUGCACUCCACUAUGCAGUACGGGAUUAAGGAUGAGAUCUGUUUUUUUUUUUUUUUUUUACAAUAAAUUUCUAAACUUUC